AUGCUAGUCGUGCGUGUUCAGUGUCGACUGUGUGGCAACGGCGAUCGAGUGGUUCGUUUGACUGAGCUGUCAGGCGUCGAAGUCGACUUGGCCGGGUACAGCCUCACGUGGGUGAACCUCAGAUGGUCAACGAGCAGGCGAAAGAGGGACGUGGAAGUCGAACAUUCGCAAAGCACCAGCCGGCAGCAGGGGCCUAAGUAG